AUGCAGGACAGAAGCUGUGAGGAAGCUGUACCAAUGCCUUUAAUGAUGGAGGCAUAUUCUGCAGAGAAGAACACUCAUGUGGGAAACCAUGAAAACACAUCUGAGGAUUCCUCAUCUUAUGAACUCUUCUAUGAUUCCCUAUCAGACAUACCAGUUGGGGAACUUUCAAGUGAGCUAUCUGCCUUUCUUAGUGACGAUGAGAUAAGCAAAAGCCUGGAACUUGCUCACACAUCUAUUGUGAAUUCUAUAAAGGAGGAUGGGAACGCAAACCAGGAGUUCACAUAUUACUUCAACACUUCUCCAGACUCACUAGAUAAUGCCUCUUCCAUUGAGACCAAUGGGGAUAGUCAAAACACUUCCAAUAGGACUCAGGAAGCAAACAACAUUCACAAUGUUACUGGGAAACAAUCUAGCAUCUCUCCCCUGCUGCCUGCAAGACCCAGCUUCAUUCGGAGCCUAAAAAAUGCUGAAAGGUGUGGUCCAAGCAUCCAAAAUCUGAGCCCCAAAUCCAAACCAACUUCUGCAGGUGAUGUUCCCUUCAAGAAUAAGAUGUGUGACAAAGCGGCUACUUUAAUUGAAGAACUCUCUUCCAUCUUUCGUGAAGCAGCCAAGACAAGAGUCAGGAGCCCUGACGGAAACUCCUCUUCCCCAGAUAGUGGGUAUCUUUCUCCUAAAAACAAGCCACCAACCAUGCCUAAUUCCAUAAGGAAUCCAAUCCCUGACAAAACAUGCCCAGAGAUCACACCUGCGAAUGAGGUGCCUGAAGGCACUCAUACUGGAGAGUCUGUGCUCCAAAAGAAAGAAGACUGCAAGGCCAGUGAGAAUGCUUCCCUGUACCAGGUCACAAAUCAACCUUCACCGCCUCGAUUUACCCAGAAACUCAGGAGUCAAGAAGUUGUGGAAGGAAGGAAGGUCCUGCUUGAGUGCAGAGUCGCUGGAAACCCAACACCUCAUGUCAGGUAA